UGCAAUCUUCUGUGCACAUCAGGUUCAGCUUGUGUUAAUGUGGCUCCAUGUUUGUCUCAAGGAGGAUUUUUGGAGUACAUGCCGCCUCCGAUGUACAGUCCACCUCCAAUACGACGAGCCUCUUUGCCUCUCAUCACGGCGUACAAUCCUCCAACUCGCACUGUUUCCUUGCUGCUGGACACACCUGAACACAGCGAACCCAGCUCUGCAGACACCACCGACACUGGGUUUGAUUAUGAUGGUCUGGGCUCCUCGGUAAAGCUGGACUACAUGACUUCAGCUUCACAAAACAGCACUUUAAAUUUCCAGCUCAACACAUUUCCUCAGCCGUCCAACUCCUUAUUAACCCAGCAGAAUAAUAACCUCCUGUCUCAGCAAACGAACAGUGUGUUACCUCAACAAACCUGUAUGAUGCCGCAGCAGUCCAGCACACUUCUGCACAAAUAUUCGCAUCUGUCGUACCUGACGCCUUCUCCUUACCUGACGCCGAACCCUACUGAGAGCAGCAGCAGCAGCAGC